AUGGGAGAAUGCUCUGGCGGCGCUAGGCGUCAAGAGAACCUUGAUCCUAAUCUGCCUCUGCCUCAAGGGGUGGAUUCCUCCACACGCAGAGAUCCCAAAAAAUUUAAAAGACUCGCUACUGGGGAGUUUGUCCCUAAUCUGAGCCCUCAAGAUAAUGGAGAGGAUUUUAGUCUUGCUCGAAGCCAAGGUACUCCUGCCAUCGCGGGAGCAUGGGGGAAACAGUCAUUCAUUGAUACGCUGCGGUUUGGGGGGGAGAAACCGCCGAUCUACGAUGGGGAAGAUGAGGAUCUUGAGUUUUUGGCAGAUAUGGAGACAGAGGCUUGUGAAGGGAUGGAUAAUGCGAACAAUACUUCACGAUUCCCUAAGCCUAUUGUGGCUGCAGAGGAAAUUCGACAAAUGUGGAAGCCAUGGAGUAGGGGGCUUAUCCUGAAAGUUUUGGGGAAAACUGUAGGGUUUUGGACCCUAGAGCAGAAAUUGAAGGAGCUGUGGCAACUAAGCCAGGAUUUUGAAAUCACAGAUUUGGAACGGGGCUUCUACGUAGUUCGGUUUCGAGCGAAGGAAGAUUACCAUAAAACGUUGGAUGGAGGACCGUGGAUGGUUCAGGGACACUACAUAACCGUUACCAAGUGGAGGCCGGACUUUCGGGCAGAGAAGGCUGAUAUUACAUCCACCAUGGUUUGGGUCAGACUACCAGGACUCCCAGUUGAAUACUAUAUAGAAAAGUUUUUAAUGGCAGUGGGAAACUGCGUCGGUAAGGCAAUUAAAGUAGAUCAGCGCACGUUGACUGCUGAGAGAGGGAAAUUUGCUAGAAUUUACGUUGAAGUUGAUUUGAAGAAACCCUUAACUCCAUUCAUAUGGGUAAAUCAAGAUCUCCAAAGGAUUGAAUAUGAGGGGCUACACCAAAUCUGCUUUAAUUGUGGGCAAUAUGGCCACAUAGCGGAACACUGUAAAUCUAAGAACCAGGGGCUGGAACCAGGAGAGGAAGCAGUUACGAGGGGACCAGAGGAUGCUAGUAAGGAGAAAGAGAAUGAGGGGACAGAAAAUCAACCUUUUGGACCAUGGUUCAAGAAGACAGCGGUAUGA